AUGAAAAACGCAAAAAAGCCAUAUUCCUGUUUGAAUUUAGACACUACCGCCACUUCCUCUGUUGAGCCAUUGUGUCUUGCAUCAGCGGAGUCCACCCGAAGUGGUCUUGCCACCAUCCUGGAUAAAGUGAAACGUGUCUACUUCCAACAGCUUCACCCAGAGACGAUUCACGAGAUGAGUCCGAAAUCACCCGAAAAUAUCCGAAAGUAUUUUCAGCCUUACGAUCCCAGCCCAAAUGCUAUCAAGGGAAGAACUGAUGAAGCCAUGAAGUUAUAUCGAGAGCUAAAGGCUUUAAAAAUCAAUAAAAAGUUGUUGAAGCUGAGAGAGCGUAAGGCUGUUCAUAUGGCCAGUGCCAUUUUGUUGAAUAACUACGGCUGGAAUCCAUACAACCAGGACUACUACGCUGGGGAAUGGCUUUCAGGACCAAACCUGCUCUGCUGGGAGCCUGUUUGUAGCGUGUUUCCAAACCUAAAUGGCGUUUUGCCUCAUUUCAAACCAAAAAAUGUGGCCGAUUUAGAAACAUUGAAGGGACUUAUCGAAAAAUACAGUCUAAUAUUUGACAGGUACGUGGAGAAUUGGAAACUUGGAGUCCGCACAGGAUAUGUAAGAACCUACAAAGCAUGUAAAGUGGGUGUACAUGUUCUCAAGAACCAAAAAUAUAAAGGAAUGGAAACAGAGCAAGGAAUUUAUGAUCAGGAGUUUGCAAAGACUCUUCUGAAACCAGAAUUCUUCGAAAGUCUCACAAAGGCCAUGAAGGAUACUUGGACGGCAAAGUACCAGAACACUGUAGAGGAAUACUUCAAGCAGUCUAUACUGCAGAACAUCGGAAUACCUGUUACUCGUAUGAUAAGUUACCUUGAGAAUGAAUACUUAUGUAACUGCCCCAAUCAAGAGGAAGUGUUGAGUGGCUUGGGUAAACUUCCACUCCGUUACUUCAUAAAGAAAGAGACUCUUCAAAAACUUCCCAACGGGCAGAGACUCAGCGGAGCCAGGACGUAUCAGAGGCUCAUGAGGUUCUUUACUACAAUGGACGUUUCUCCGGCGCAGCUCAGGACUAAAGCUGUAGGGAGGCUAUCCGAGCUGUAUAGAAAGGUUGUCAUUCUUGCGAAGUUGUACACCAAGGAACAGAAUAAGAAUACCGCUAUCAACAAGUUAAAAAAAGUGUUGCGGAAUCGUGAUCAGUGGUUCAACAACCAGCCGUUUCCUAGCAGCGAGAGUGGUGAGGACGCCUUCGUUAUGUGCCACGACACGGCGAGUGCGCAGGUUCAUUGCCCCGAGAGAUGGAAAGCCUUGCAAUCGUGA